CCGGGGCCGCUGCUCUCGCGGUGUUUGGACGAGACUGCGCCCUUCCUUCCUCCUGGCCGCUCGGCCGCCUUCUCCCCUUCCCCUCCCGGCCUCCCCUCCUUCCCCGUGGCCCGGCCCCGCGGGCUAAUAUGGUCUCCGGCGAUGGACGCCCCAAGUGCAGGAAACACCUUUGAGUACCUUAUUGAAACAUUAAACGACAGUUCACGCAAGAAGUUCUUCAAUGUACCCAAACUUGGAGGCACGAAGUAUGACGCCCUGCCGUACUCCGUGCGGGUCCUGCUGGAAGCGGCCGUGAGGAACUGCGACGGCUUCCUGCUGAAGAGGGAGGACGUGCUGAACAUCCUGGACUGGCGGGCCACGCGGGGCCACGUAGAGGUGCCCUUCUUCCCCGCCCGCGUGCUCCUCCAGGACUUCACGGGCAUCCCGGCCAUGGUGGACCUCGCAGCGAUGCGGGAGGCGGUGAAGACGCUGGGCGGGGACCCCAAGAGAGUCCACCCUGCCUGCCCCACGGACCUCACCGUCGACCACUCUCUGCAGAUCGACUUCAGCAAAUGUGCGAUACAGAACGCGCCCAACCCUGGAGGCGGGGACCAGCCCAGAGCAGCCAAGCUCUCGCCGCUCAAAGCGCCAGCGCCGCCCAGGAGGCUGCCCUGCCGGGGCCCGGCCGCCUGCCGGGGGCCCUGCGAGCCGGGGGAGCCGGGCCCGGCCCGCGGCGCCGGGAAGCCGUCCACGCAGAUCGAGAACACGCCCCUGCUGUGCCCCUUCCACCUGCAGCCGGUGCCCGAGCCUGAGACGGUGUUAAAGAGCCAGGAGGUGGAAUUCGGCAGGAACCGGGAGAGGCUCCAGUUCUUCAAGUGGUGUUCGCGCGCCUUCCGGAACGUGGCCCUGGUCCCGCCCGGCACGGGCCUGGCGCACCAGGUGAGCCUGGAGUACCUGACGCGGGUGGUCUUCGAGGAGGAGGCCCUGCUCUUCCCGGACAGCGUGGUGGGCACGGACUCCCACAUCCCCAUGGUGAACGGCCUGGGCGUCCUGGGCUGGGGGGUCGGAGGCAUCGAGACCGAGGCCGUGAUGCUGGGGCUGCCCGUGUCCCUCACGCUGCCCGAGGUGGUGGGGUGCGAGCUGACCGGCUCCUCCAACCCUUUCGUCACGUCCAUCGACGUCGUUCUGGGCAUCACCAAGCACCUCAGGCAGGCGGGCGUGGCCGGGAAGUUCGUGGAGUUUUUCGGAAGCGGAGUCUCGCAGUUGUCCGUGGUGGACCGGACGACCAUCGCCAACAUGAGUCCGGAGUACGGUGCUCCCCUCAGCUUCUUCCCUGUGGACAGUGUGACGCUAAGACACUUGGAGCACACAGGUUUCGACAAAGCCAAGCUCAGCUCCAUGGAAGCCUACCUGAAGGCUGUGAGGCUGUUCCGGAGUGAGCGGAGUGACGCGGGGCAGCCCGAGUACUCGCAGGUGAUCCGGAUCAACCUGAGCUCCAUCGUGGCAACGGUCAGCGGUCCCAAGAGGCCGCAGGACAGGGUGGCUGUGACGGAGAUGAAGAGGGACUUCCGCGCCUGCCUCAGUGAGAAGGUGGGGUUCCGGGGCUUCCAGAUCGCGGCCGAGAAGCAGGAGGCCGCCGUCGCCCUCCACUACGAAGGGCGUGACUACCGCCUGUCGCACGGCGCCGUCGUCGUCGCCGCCCUCACCAGCUGCACCAACAACUGCAACCCGUCCGUCAUGCUGGCCGCAGGUCUGCUGGCCAAGAAGGCGGUGGAGGCGGGGCUGCGGGUGCAGCCCUACAUCAGGACCAGCCUGGCGCCCGGCAGCGGCAUGGUCACGCACUACCUCAGCGCCAGCGGCGUGCUGCCCUACCUGCGCACGCUCGGGUUUGAGGUCGUCGGCUACGGCUGCUCCACGUGCGUGGGGAACACGGGGCCCUUGUCCGAGGCCGUCCUGAGCGCCGUCAAACAGGGCGAUCUGGUCACCUGCGGCGUCCUGUCCGGAAGCAGGAGCUUCGAAGGGCGGCUCUGCGACUGCGUCCGCGCCACCUACCUGGCCUCCCCGCCCCUGGUGGUGGCGUGCGCCAUCGCCGGCACCGUGAGCAUAGACUUCCAGACGGAGCCCCUCGGCACGGACCCCGCCGGCAGGCACGUCUACCUGCAGGACAUCUGGCCCAGCCGAGAGGAGGUGCAGCGGGUGGAGGAGGAGCAGGUGCUGUGCUCCGUGUUCCAGGCGCUGAAGGAGAGGAUGGAGACGGGCGACAAGCGGUGGAACUCCCUGGAGGCGCCCGACUCGGUCCUGUUCCCGUGGGACGCCAAGUCCACGUACAUCCGGUGCCCCUCGUUCUUCGACGGGCUGACCCGGGAGCCGGCCGCCCCGCCGCCCAUCGAGAACGCGCACGUCCUGCUGCACCUGGGCGACGCCGUCACCACCGACCACAUCUCCCCCGCGGGCAGCAUCGCCCGCAGCAGCGCUGCCGCCAAGUACCUGACCCACAGAGGCCUUACCCCUCGGGAGUUCAACUCCUACGGAGCCCGCAGAGGCAACGACGCCGUCAUGACCAGAGGCACUUUCGCAAACAUCAAGCUUUUCAACAAGUUCAUCGGGAAACCGGCUCCCAAGACCAUCCACUUCCCGUCGGGGCAGACGCUGGACGUGUUCGAGGCCGCGGAGCUGUACCAGAGGGAGGGCAUCCCACUCCUCAUCCUCGCGGGGAAGAAGUACGGCGCCGGGAGCUCCCGAGACUGGGCGGCCAAGGGGCCCUACCUGCUGGGCGUGCGGGCGGUGCUGGCGGAGAGCUACGAGAAGAUCCACAAGGACCACCUGGUGGGCAUCGGCAUCGCGCCCCUGCAGUUCCUGCCCGGGCAGAGUGCCGCCACCCUGGGCCUCUCCGGCCGCGAGACCUUCUCCCUGGCCUUCCCCGCGGAGCUGUCUCCGGGAGCCACGCUGAGCGUGAAGACGAGCGCCGGGAAAGUGUUCAGCGUGGUCGCCGCCUUUGAGAACGACGUGGAGGUAACGCUGUACAAGCACGGGGGGUUGUUAAACUUUGUGGCACGGAAAUUCUCCUAGUACCGACUGCCCGGGACCCCCAAACGGAACCGCGGACACUCCGACGCCCGGCUCCUGCGGGAGGGAGGCCCCGAGGCACGUAGCUGCAGAAUGAACUCUGAUUUUCAAUCCUUUCGAUGGUGCUAUUCACACUGCUGGGCUCGGCAUGCGUGCGUGGCGGACGAGAGGUGAGUCCGAGCGUCCUCACCGAGUGUAAAUACAGGCGGGACUGACGUCGGAGUCUGCUGUGCGGAGCCCCGGGUGGUCUGUUCCGUUGGCAUCGCGGAGGCUGUGGCGCUGCGGCUGACGCUGUGCGGGUUGGGUCAGACGGACGGGUGGACCAGUCCCUCCUCCGGCGAUGCUGGUGCAGACUGAGCCCGGGCGGCCGGGGGAGGCCUCCACGCCCAGCCCCUGCAGCCCCGCACGGCGACAGCGACAGUGUCGUGCAGCCCUCACACUCUCGGCGGAGCCUCUGGCCGGGCUCAGUAGCCGGCUGAGGGGAGGAGGCAGCGACUCACUGGGGUGCCAUCACCCCGGGAGCUGGGAGCUGGGGUUCGCCAACAGAUUCCACCGCUCAGAGCUGCUCAGCUGAUUUACACUGCCCCCGCCGUGUGGCUGCUCGGCCGGGGCGUGGGAAGGGUUGGCUGUUAGCUAGUGGCUCAGGUCAAUGUCCUGUGGUUUGAAUCCGUGUUUUCCUGACCUGCGGGGGAUGGUCCUGCCUUUGUGGUGACCAAAGCUGACCCCAGUCCUCUCCAGAGGCGUCGGCUCCCCCCUCGAGGGCUCCGUCUCCAAGAAGCGGGCCAGCUUUUAAGCAGCAGCCUGGGUAAUGAAUUUCAGAAAGUCCCAGCCAUGCCCCUUUUUAAGU